AUGGGGGGGGCGACGCCCUGGGGGCAGGCCGCUGCCUCCCGGAACCCCGCCCCCGGCGGCCCCCCCCCCCCCGCAGGGAUCCCGCUGGCCCCGUACUUGUGGGCCCCAAGACUUAGUGGCCGCGGGGCAGAGGGGAGCGGGAAGAGUGAAGGGGGUGCCGGGGGCUCCAGGAGCGCAGGAGGAGCCCGGGCCAAGCCGCCUGGCGGGGGCUCAGGAAGUCUGCCCCGAGGAUGGAGUGCGGAGCCCUCCCCAGGCUGCCCCGGGCCCAGCUUCAGCCCCCACCUGCAGGCUGGGAGCCCGGAGCGGAUAUCGCGGAGCAUCCUCCAGGCCGAUGCUCUGGGCCCGGCCGCCCGAGUGCAUGGGGAGGGCUGCGGGAGGGUUCCCCCUGGAACCUGCCAGGGCCAGCGUGGUCAGAUUUGGCCCCUUGCCCGGGAGGCCCCUGCCUCUAGGGACACAAGGAGGCCGGGACUGGCUCGACAGGCUCUCCCGCUCUUCUGUCUCCGUUAUUGUAGGAAAGCCUCCAAGGGCCUGGGGCUCAGCCCCAGUGGGGAAGGGGGGCCGGCACUUCAGAUCCCCCCCCACCCCCCCACUCCCGUGGCCGGCCCCCGGCCAACCCGGCCUGGGAACCCCUUCCCCCCCACCCCGGAGCACCUCUGGGGCCCCAGGGCCCUUGGUCCCCCCCGCACUCCCCUUAAGCCCAACACCCCUCCCCGCAAGCCCCGGCCCCGGGACAAUUUCCUGGGCUCCGGGCCUGGGAACCCUUCCCCCCAGCCCCCUGAAAGAAGCUGGCCCCAGGGCCAGGGGACCUUUGGGGGCUGCCCCCUUUCCUCCCCAGACUAG